AGAGAGCGGAAGAGCGGGCCGAAAGAGAGCGAGAGAGAGAGCUUAUGGGGUAGGAAGGACAAAAAUCGAUGAAGGACUAUCAGCAGGAAGCUCUAAGGAGCCGAUUGACUUUGGGCCGUAAAAUGAUUACGGGCUAAAAGCUAAAAAACACGUCGCGCGAGAGCGAGAGAGGGCUAAAGAGGGACAGAGACGGGGAGAGAGAGGAAGAGAGAGAUAGGAACAAGGAGCAACAGCAAACAGCAAGCAAAAACUGGGAAAAGUCCCUGCUGAAAAUAUAAAACAUCUAUUCAAUUAACAAAUUUCUAAAAAUCUAUAAAAUAAUAAUAAAAAAAGAAAAACUGCUGGGGCAUUAUAAAAAACUAGCCAUCACCUUGUGUGCGUGUGUGUGUGUGUGUGUCAUAACUCCAAAAAAUUUCAAGCAUACAGGAAAAAAAAAAAAAAAAACGGCGAAAGAAAAGGAAACAGGAAAAAAGAAAGCGAAGUGAAAAGCGAGGAGGAGUGGGUGGAAAACGCUGGGGAAAAUGGCAGUAAAAAAGGCAAAAUGACCCCUAGAAGUUAAAUAAAAAAUCUUUUUUGCCAUCAAAUUGAUUCACACACACACACACACACACACACGCGCGCACACACACACGCACUCACGCACACACAGGAUAGUUGGGAGAAGAGCAGCCCGCCCCCCCGUUUUAAAAGCAGCAGCCACUCUCCCCCCCGCCCCCCUUAAACGAGCAGCCGGCACCCACGCCCCUGGCCAGCGUUUAAAAAUAGCACAUACCACAGCUCUGGAAAUCGAAUAUCCCUGGAGCGGCGUUCGAGGAGCGAGAAAAUGGUAACGAUGAACUCGGAGGCGGACAAAACACAAGCCACCAAUGCCAGCAGCACCGCAGCGCCGGCGAAGACGGACUGCAGCAGCAGCAGCAGCAGCGAUCCGCUGGCGGUCACCAUUCCGGAGGAGGCGCAGUCCAGCGGAGGAGCUGGCGGCGCUGGAGGCACCCCCUCGCCACUGCCCAAUGGCAGUAAGAGUGGAGGUGGUAGUGGCUACCUGGACACCGAAGGGUCACCGGCACUGGCCACAGAAUCAGUAGCAGCAACAGGAGGAACACCCAUGGAAACGGCUUCCCCGCCAGCAACAAAUGCAACCACCGCAUCCACCGCAUCCGCAUCCGCAUCUACAUCCACAUCCACAGCCACCUCCACAUCCACCUCCACAGCCACCUCCAUAACUUCGGGAGCCAAGAGCGCCGCCGUGACCGCCACCACCUCCUCCUCCGCCACCUCCUCGUCGACGGCAGCAGCGGCGUCGGCGGGCGGAAAGCAGAGCGGCGGCGGCAGCGGCGGAAGCGGCGGUCUGCUGACCGUCAGCGGGAACCACCACCACCACCACCACAGCCCCCAUCCGCAGCAGUCGUCGGCGGGACAGUCGGCCUCCCAGCCGCCCCCGCCGCCCACAUCCUCGGCCCUCGCCGUGCCCGCCGCCUCGCACCAUCAACGCGGUGGCAAGAACGAAGAUGCACCCAACAUACUAGUGUACAAAAAGAUGGAGGCCAUAAUCGAGAAGAUGCAGGCGGAGUCGACGGGCGUGGCCGUGCGCACGGUGAAGGCGUUCAUGAGCAAGGUGCCGUCGGUGUUCACCGGAGCGGAUCUGGUGGCCUGGAUCCUCAAGAACUUCGACGUGGAGGACGUGACGGAGGCGCUGCACUUCGCCCACCUGCUCAGCUCCCACGGCUACAUCUUCCCCAUCGACGAUCAUGCGCUGACCGUGAAGAACGACGGCACCUUCUACAGAUUCCAGACGCCCUACUUUUGGCCCUCGAAUUGCUGGGAGCCCGAGAAUACGGACUAUGCCGUCUACCUCUGCAAACGCACCAUGCAGAACAAGACGCGCCUCGAGUUGGCCGACUACGAGGCCGAGAAUCUGGCCAAGCUGCAGAAGAUGUUCUCCAGGAAGUGGGAGUUCAUAUUCAUGCAGGCCGAAUCGCAGAGCAAGGUGGCCAAGAAGCGGGACAAGCUGGAGCGGAAGGUGCUGGACUCGCAGGAGCGGGCCUUCUGGGAUGUCCACCGGCCGAUGCCCGGCUGCGUCAACACCACCGAGAUCGACAUCAAGAAGGCCUACAGGCGAGGGGGCUCCAGCCAUGGAACCGGAUCCGCCGGCGCCUCCUUGGCCAAGAAUCCCGUCGAGCAACUCACGCGGAUCAUCGCCCUGCGCAAACAGAAGCUCGAGCGGCGCACAAUCAAAGUGUCCAAGGCGGCCGAGGCUCUGGUUGCCUACUACGAUCAGUACAAUGAGUUCGAUUACUUUAUAACCUCGCCGGAGCUGCCGAAUCCUUGGCAAACAGACAGCACCGAAAUGUGGGAUACGGAGAAGAAUAGCAAAGAAGUUCCUGUGCGGCGCGUGAAGCGCUGGGCAUUCAGUUUGCGCGAGUUGCUCAACGAUGCCAUUGGACGCGAGCAGUUCACCAAGUUCUUGGAGAAGGAGUACAGCGGCGAAAACCUCAAAUUCUGGGAGUCGGUGCAGGAGAUGAAGGCGCUGCCGCAGUCGGAGAUCAAGGAGGCGAUCCAGAAGAUCUGGCAGGAGUUCCUGGCCCCCGAGGCGCCCUGUCCGGUGAACGUGGACUCGAAGUCGGUGGAGCUGGCCCGCGAGGCGGUCAGUUCGCCCAGUGGCCCCAAUCGGUGGUGCUUCGACGUGGCAGCCUCCCACGUGUACCACCUGAUGAAGAGCGACUCGUACUCGCGGUAUCUGCGAUCCGACAUGUACAAGGACUACCUGAACUGCUCGCGCAAGAAGAUCAAGUCGAUACCGAAUCUGUUUGGGGUGAAACGUUGAGAUACGCUGCGGGGAUUCCCCGUCAUCGCAGUUGGCUAGGAGCGGGGAAUUACCACAUGUACUCUGUAGGCCCAGUACUCAUAGUGUAUGCCUAAUUUGUGUGUACUUAAGCGUUGUUACUUACUCAGUUCUCUGCCACUGUGUUUACUCACCGAUGUUUGAUUGAUUGAUUGAUUGUUUGUUGAUUGAUUAUGCGUUACCUCAAAGUGCCCCGUCCCCCGCCCCCCUCCCCCACUCCCCCCUUUCUACCACUAAAUCCCCAUAGCAGCCCUGUCGUUCUCUAGCUGUCUCCCUCUUAAUCAGACGAAAAGGAAACACCACUUAAGAUGAAAAUAAAAAACUGCCAAAGGCUUGAAUGGGAACUACAAAAUAACGAAUACUGGAGGUUUGUCCAAAUCGACGGAGAUUUUAAAACAAUUAAUCAAAAGUAGGCAUUGAUUCAUAACUAGGGAACUAAUUCCGCCACCGUUAAAAAAUAUCUUGAAAUUCGCCAGCCAUUAUCUAAACUUGACAUUGAAAAAAGAAGAAAAAAUUUCAAAAUUUUAAAAGAUUUAGCCUAUUUUGGGACCUCUAUAAUUGUUUUAAACUCUCUUGCGAUUUUCUAAUAGGCCAUCCUGAAUUUAUGUAUUUAAAUAACCGAAAACGAAAAGUUGAAGUCGAAACACAACACCAACAACCGCCGAGACCUUAUUCUCAUACUCAUAAAAUACAAGCAAAUACGAAUUAUUAAUUAUUAACCGAAAAGCAAAUCAAUUGUAAUCGAAGACACCAAGAAAAUAUGAAGAAAAACUCAAGAAAACCACUAGUAAAUGUCAAACUGUAACCGAAAAACACCAAAACACGCAAAUGCAGAAAAUCCACGACCUUAAGAGGAGUAUUCAAAUUAAGAGAAUUAGCUUAAAAAUUGAAAAAGAAGACGAAAUUCUUACGUAAAUCUAAAAUUAAAAACUAAACAUGACAGGCAGCUUUUGUCAGCGUGUGACAUAGCAUUCAGCUUUUCAGGCGAUUAGCACGAACGAUCCUCCCAUAAAACCCAUCUGAAAAAUGUGAACAAAUUGUUGACUUAAGUUCCUUUAUCACCGUUACUUGGUGUCUCUUUUCAAAAAUCCUUCGCUCACUCUCUCUUUCUCACACACACACACACACGCACGGUGUUUUGCAUACCCCCACACACACACUCACAUAUCGUUAAGGCGCCAGAAAAAUGAUAACAAAGAUUUUAAUCGAAAAAUAAUAUUUUUUUGUCGCUCACUGUGCGCGCUUUUGUGUAUGAGCAAGGGAGAGGGCAAAUGCGUUUUUUUUUUCUAGUAAAUGUUUAGAAUAAAUUAUGUUAAUAAUAGGCAUUAAAUUAAUAGCAUUAUGUGUGGAAGGUCGAAAACGAGAGUGCGAGAGCCAAGUUCGGGUGGGCGAGAGGGGAGUGAGUAGGAUAGAUAGUGUGAUAGCUUAUAGGAAGUUAGAUCAAAAGACAAAAACAAGUGAGCUUUACAAACAAAUAAAGGGGCUAAAAAAAACUGGGGAGACGUGACAGCCCCAACGAACUUGGUUCCCUCGAAAAUCUCUCCCAAAACAUUUUCGGAUUGGACGAACGGGGUAAACCUCGAAAAAUAUUACUAAUACAGCUGCGGUCAAAACCAUAGCAGUAAGGCCUGAAGAAAACAUUUCAAUAAGUGCCACCAAAACAAACUUUAAGAUACAAAAUAAAAAAAAAUUAAAACUUUUGAAAGCAAUCAUCUGUAAGUUUGUGAUAAAAUAAAAAAAAUCACUAUGUAAUCGGAGUUGACAAAAUGAACAAAAUAUUAAUGCUUAAAAACUAAAAAUCUAUUCACCAUGAUUGUUUUUGAACAUACUAGCAACUUGGCUCAAAAAUAUAAUUUAAAAAAAACAAUGCAAUGGGAAAUAAAAUACAAAUUGAUAGAUCAACGUAUUUAUACGUAUAAUUUAAUUUUCACUGUAAAUAGACAACUCUGCCAGGGGAUAUGUUGAUUUAAAUAUUAUCUUUCUCUAAAAUAUGUCAUACUACUAUAGUUUUGACCGCAACUGUAUUAUAGUGAGCGCAGCUAUAUAUUAAUGUAAAACAUCAAACUGAUCCUAGGAUCUUUCGGAAUAGCAAUUAGACUUAGAUAAACUAAGGAACUUGGAACUUGGAACUAUAUUUACAGAUGUAAUUUGCACGCACACACAACACACUCAUGCACUCAUGCUGCCUUCUUUUGGGCUAAAAAAUACAAUGGAUGCAUAAGUCGGAGGCGUAUUAAAUGUAUUUAAUUAGGAUCGCAUUGUGUGUGUCUAUCUUACUGUAACUGUAAUCGUAAUUGUAAAUGGUGUCUACAAAUUAACAAGCAAAUAAUAACUAUAACUAUACAAUAUAAAGUAUACAGAAUUCAGUAAAAGUAAAAGUAAAAGUAAAGAUAAACUUAAAAGGUAAAACUAAUAAUUAUAAAUUACGAUAUAAACCAUAUAUCUCGAUGUGCGUCUGUGUGUUGGUAGUGACAAAUUUAAAUCGAUUUCAAAAUAGCCAAAGCUAAAACUAGAAGAAACAGGGAAACCCCCGUCUCACACACAUAGUCCUUUGGCUUUCCACUGUUAUCGUUUGCCAGAUUAUAUAUAAUUACAUAUAUAUACAUAUAGGAACUGUUGGCCAACUGUUUUCCCCCCUUUAACUGUUCCAACGCCCCCACCUAAGAAAAUAACCAUUAAAUGUAGCGGAAACUAUAAAAACUCUAAACAAAAUCGAUGGGUAACUAAUGGUUAGAAGAGACAAGUUUCCACUUGAUUUGGAGAAACUAAUUAAAUCAAAUAAUCAAAAAAAUAUUCGAUAUAUGUACGUGUACACAACUAACAACAGCAAAAACUUUUUAGGUUUAGCCAUCAGCAAAAAAUAAAAUGAAAAACAACAACAAAAACAAUAACUAUUAAAUAAACUACAACAACUGCAAGCAAGAAAAACUACAAAAACACAAAAAGUGGCCGCGUUUAUUGUAAAUUGUUCAGCAAGAAAAACAAAAAACCGAAGUAAAUAAAUAAAAGUGCAAUUUAAGCAACAAAAACUAAAGUAUAAAAUAAAUUAAUUAAAUUGUGACACAAACUA